AUGGAAGAGAGUUUCAACCUCAUUUUAGUUGAAAUUUUCAUCGAUGUGUCCAGCACGGUCAUGACAAGAGGGAGUGCUGAACGUUCAAGUCUGACUUUCUUCUUGCCAUGUUCUCUUUUCAUUCUUGCCACAGAUUGCGUGGAGAAUGAUGAGCCAUCACGAGUAAGAAUAAGUGAAAGUAACCGUAACGAGGAAACAACAAAUUUCGGAGUUAAUAUGAGUAAGAAACGUGAGGGUCCUGCCAUUGCUAAUGCGCAAAUUCAUUCCAUCGCAAAGACUGAAUAUGCUAAUGAGAUAGUGCCAAUGAAGGCGUUGAUUGACAAAUUCGGCUAUGAGAAAUGCUCGAAUAGUCCAAUGAUCGAUAUGUUACAAUCUUCGACUACCAAAGAUCACCCAAGACCUCCUCCAGACUUCAGAUCGGGCAUAAAUCGUAUGAAAAAAUCAAAGGCAGUACAGUGUGAUAAACGUGCAACUUCAUCCAAAGAUAAGGUCAGGAGCAAAUUAGUUGAAGCGCCAUCGAUUUGUGAAGAUAAGGAGCAUAAAAGAACAAAAUAUGGAGAUAAAAAGAUUACUCUUUUAGAGCAGAUAAUUCGUACUCAUCCUAUUUGGUACCUGCAGCAUAUUGGACGGUCUGCUGCAUCACAUUUACUUCGUCCAAUGAACCGAGGGGCCUUUAUUGUGCGGUCGUCAUCAAAACCGAAUGCAAUGGCGUUAAGCAUUCGUUCUCCUUCUGGCUUGAGUUCUGACAUAGAUCAUUACUUAAUAGAAUCAGCUGGUUUGGAUAAAAGUGUGCGUGUUGAGUCUUCGCCUUACUUUUUCAAGUCACUUCCUCUGUUAAUUGAACAUUAUUGCCUUCAUGGUGAGGAACUUCAGACGAAUCUUGUCUUGCCAGUUGCGAUUACAAAUUGUUGUACGAGUAUGCAGCUGCAGAGUUUGGCUCUGAUGGGUCAAGGUUAG